UGUUUUAUAUUUGCCCUACACAUUACGCUGCAAUAGCAAGCUUCAACACAGCAGUCGUCUGGUUCAACAGUUCCGUCCGGCUGCAACACCCAUCGCAUUCUCCACAGCCUCCCUCACCCCUGCCAGUUCCAUCUCCCACCAAAGCGACCCUGCAGCUCCGGCUCCCACAACAGAUCAGGCACCCACAACAGCUCCGGCGACGCUGCUGAUUUCGUUCCUUCCACACACAAGUUCCCUUUGAUUUACUAGUACACUCAAUCGUCUUCUCGAAUCUCGAUCGAUCUUCAGAGUUCACUGAAGUAGUGAACAGAACAGUUUUCGUUGUCCCCAUCUCUUCGAGCAAUGGAAGUUAUGAACUUUCGAUCCCUUAUCAUUUUCUCUGCCUUUCUACGUGUCUUGUUAAUUGUCUAUGGAGAAUGGCAAGAUACGCAUAUGGAAGUUAGGUACACAGAUGUUGAUUAUCUUGUUUUCUCCGAUGCUGCUGCUUUAGUAGUUGAUGGAAAAUCCCCUUACAAAAGAUCCACUUACCGUUACUCUCCUUUGAUUGCAUUUAUACUCACGCCAAAUUCGUUUAUUCAUCGAUCAUGGGGAAAGUUUCUCUUCUCAGCAUCAGUUAAUGCGGUAAAAGAUUGGAUAUCGGUCAAGGACCAAUAUUUGAGAUGCAGGUUAUCGCGCUCGGAUAUUGAUUUACUUGUAGGGUACUUCAUCCGCACUAUUCUGAAGCUUCGUGGAGUACCUGAAAAUCUAACCAUAUACUCUGUACUUGUAUGGCUUUUUAAUCCAUUUACCUUCACCAUCGGAACGCGAGGCAACUGUGAGCCCAUUAUUUGCGCCAUCAUUUUGUGGAUUAUUAUUUGUAUCAUGCGAGGUAAUCUCUUUCAAGGGGCCGUUUGGUACGGGCUUGUUGUUCAUAUGAGAAUCUACCCUAUAAUAUACGCACUCCCUAUUGUCCUAACUCUUGAUCCAAACCAUUUCCAACGUGGUAAAAAACCCGCCAUCGUAGAUUGGAAUUCAAGACAACAUAAAUUAAACGAAACUUCAAACCGACUAUGGGUUUUCUUUCAAAGCAUCUUUACAAGAUCAAGAAUCUUGUUUGGACUGAUAUCAGCGACCGUGUUCUUCUUUUGCACCGGAAUAUUCUUCUAUCUAUACGAAUGGGAGUUCUUGCACGAGGCCUUGUUAUACCACUUGACUCGCACAGAUCCCAGACAUAAUUUUUCCAUCUACUUUUAUCACAUUUAUCUCAAUUAUGAACGCGAAUUCGCGGUGUUGGAAAAACUUAUCUCGUUUCUACCUCAGUUAAUAGUGCAGAUUGUUCUAGUUUUCCGUUUUGCACAAGAUUUCCCCUUUUGUUUCUUUGUUCAGACAGUGGCAUUUGUUGCCUUUAACAAGGUGAUAACAGCUCAGUACUUUGUGUGGUUUUUUUGUUUGUUGCCGCUAAUACUACCAUGGAGCAAAAUGAAGCUGAAAUGGGAAGGUAUUUUGUGCGUUUUGGUGUGGAUUGGAGCUCAAACUCAUUGGUUGUUUUGGGGUUAUAUGCUUGAAUUUAAAGGCAAACAAGUGUUCUUACAACUUUGGGCUGCAAGUUUAUUGUUCUUUGCUGCUAAUAUAUAUGUGAUGAUCACAAUCAUUCGCAGACACACGUAUUCUCCGGUUUUUAAGCGUCUAGUCACUUCACGCACAAAGAAAAUUACGUGAGUACAACCCGAGAUUGCGCUUAUGACUUUGACCAAUCGCCUCAUGGUUUGACCAUUUUGGGUCACAUGUUUGGGUGGUUUAGGGUUGCACAAAGAAAACUACGUGAGUACUACAAGUGACUCGACAUCCUAAUGGAAUUUGGGUGGUUUAGUUCUUUCCUCAAGCUGAUUUCGUUCAUAUUACAUGUACGAUAAACCCGGAAAUCAUUUAUUAGUUACCAUUUUUUAACGAAUAUUAGUUGGUUUUUUUGUGUAAUUUCACAUCAAAUUUGGGGUUAUGGAUCUCGUCAAACAGCACUGUAGACUACAAAUCGUGCUGACCCAAGUUUCACGGUCAGAUCUACCUCGUUGAAGGAUAUCGCUAGACCCCAUGUCAGUUUGGUAUGCAGGUAUCGGUUCGAGCUCAUGUUAAGUGCUGGAUUGCAGUGACUGGGACUUGUGGCUUGAUUAUAAACCUGUUACCAUGCCUUUUAGCAUUCUGUGAAAAGACUUAAUUUUUAAUUAUCUUUUAAAUACUGUUUGUUUUACUAUAUCACUUUGCAAAUCAGUACAAAGGUAAUCAAAUAUAGCUUUGAUAAAUAGUAAUUUGAUGACAUGAUUCUUGUU